AACGUGCUGAGCUCCCGGAUCGCCGGGCAGUACCGAUUGACGUCACCGAUAGGCGGCCAAGAUGGUUGUCAAUGUUGAUAAGUGGUUUAGUUACUCGGGGGAUCUGCAGUGAUAACGUUGCGUCUCAAUACAGGAGUUCCGUGCGACUAGCGUUAUGUCCGUUAAGUAAGGGCUUGUCUUCCUCCGGUCCGGUGAGGAUCCGCGCGUUGGGUCGAUCGCUGCGUGAGGGAUGGCGGACAGCGAGGAUGCGGAGCAGGAGACACGACGUGCUCUGGACUACGUACAGUCCAUGAUUGACAUCUCCGCCGAUCGACUCGAGGGCUUGCGGACCCAAUGCUCCACCAGCGCGGAGCUCACCCAGCAGGAGAUAAGGACGCUCGAGGGAAAAUUAAUAAAACUGUACUCUAAACAACUCGUGACAAAGGCCAAAUUGGCCGAUUCAUUACCGGCAGAGAUGAGACAAUAUCCAUCAUUACAACAAUGGUUGCGGGUAGUUGGUCUCAACCAGGAAUCGAUUCAGAUGGUUUGUUCCAAAGCUAAUUCCCUUGAGGCUCUGAAAGAGAAGUCUGAGCAUGAAUUAAGUAGCAUGUUAGGUGAAAAUAAUGUGCGACAUGAGGAGGAACAUCGUAGGCUCUGCCGAGCAUUGCAUAAUUUACGACGAUAUACGGAUGUUCUUCUGAGAGGAGAUAUGGAUAAUAGUGAUAUGAAUUUGUACUGGGAUUCUUGGGAUAGGCAUCAUUUACGCACGGGAGCUUCCCCUAGACCUAUUCGAUCUCGUACUACACGGUGUUCCGUUCCAUCAGAAGAUAGCAUUCCAUAUCAUAAUAAUAACAAUCUGAACAGUGAUAUAUUAGCACAAGCUUCUUCUGUAAUCUCUUUGAUGUCAACUAGUCCUCCCUGUACUCCUCCAUUACCAAGACAAGGAUAUGGAAUUAAAUUCUCAACAACUCCUCCUCCAUUCAAGAAGCAUCAGAUAGGUGUGCAGAACAGCACAUCACAACCCGAAGUGUUUCCAUUAACUAAGUCAAAAUCUCAUGAAUCGCAAUUAGCAAAUCGUUUUGAAAAUAUGCAUCUUGAUAAUGAUGAUACAUCAUCUAGUUCUGGAAAUGACUCUUCUGUAAGAAGAAGAAAUUGUCAACCAACAGAACCAAGUCUACCAAGUUCAUGCUGUAGUACAACAGACUCUGGGAAAGGAGAAAGUCUCUUGCCAAACAGUAAUAGUCCUAUUAAAUCACCACCUUACUCUAGUGCAGAAAGUGAUGAUAACAGUUUUAAGGGAACAGUAUCAAGUCUCCAAGUGCCAAAAUCUCCACGUACUCCGACUGUGACCCGUGGUAUGGGUCAUAUAAUUGCUCACCGCUUUACCAAAACUUUUAACAUGAUGACAACAUGCGACUAUUGCGACAAGCAAAUGUUUAUGGGCACUACUUUAAAAUGCAAGGAAUGUAAAUAUAAGUGUCAUCGAGAAUGCGAAUCCAAAGUACCACCCUCAUGUGGCCUACCUCAAGAACUCUUUGAUGAGUUUAAACGAUCUGUUAUUACGCAAAAUGACGGUAUGAUAAAUGCUUCCCCGAUAUUAAGCAAGCCUGGUAUAACAUCUCCGAAUCACCACAACUCAAAUUUAUUAGCUUCUUUAAAUCGAAGGGAUCGAAGACGAUCACAUGCACACUCUUCUAUGAAUAUACCUUUUCAGGGCGCAGAUUCUAGUUCAAAUACCUCGAGCUGUAACAGCUCAACGCCUUCUAGUCCAGCAUUGCUAUCUGCCAAUACUAGCCAGACUCCACAGGCCCCUGUCAAACAGCAAUUCCAUUUUCCAGUUAUCCUGGUUUCAGAUGUACUGAAUGAAAAAGGAGUGACAUUGGAAACACACAGAUUUGAAGGUACGACUAUGUCAAGUGAUAGUGACAGGACGGUAAGUGUUUCGGGAUCUGGCAGUGUCAGCACAGAUUCAGAAAGGACACCAGUGAGAGUUGAUUCUCAGGAUUCUCAAGUUUCUGAUAAUGAAAUAGCUUCGGAAAUGAGUCGUUGGCCUCGACAAAAUAGUUUGUCGAUGCGAGAGUGGGACAUUCCAUAUGACGAAUUGAAGAUCGGAGAACCAAUUGGAACAGGAAGAUUUGGUACGGUAUACCGAGGCAAUUGGCACGGAGAUGUUGCAAUUAAAGUCUUGAAUAUGGAUUAUUAUUUGGACGAUGAUAAGAUAUUAGAAGCAUUCAAAUUAGAGGUAGCCACAUUCCGAAAAACUCGACACGAAAAUCUAGUUUUAUUUAUGGGAGCUUGUAUGAAACCUCCUCGAUUGGCUAUAGUGACUAGUAUGAGUAAAGGCAUGACACUUUAUACUCAUAUUCACUUACGAAAAGAUAAAUUUACUAUGAAUAAAACUACUAAUAUAGCUCAACAGAUUUCUCAGGGUAUGGGAUAUCUUCAUGCUCGUGGAAUAGUACACAAGGAUCUUAAGAGCAAAAACAUAUUUUUAGAAAAUGGAAAAGUUGUAAUCACAGACUUUGGUCUGUUCAGCGUUACCAAGUUGUGCUAUGGAAAUAGGAAGGGAAAUGGAUUGAGUAUACCACCUGGCUGGUUGUGUUACUUAGCACCUGAGAUUGUUCGACGAUUGAGACCGCAACAAAACCGGGAUCAGGAAGAGUUACCAUUUACAGCUGGUUCUGAUGUUUAUGCAUUUGGGACUGUCUGGUAUGAGUUAUUAUGUGGUGAAUGGCCUUUUAAAGGCCAACCUCCCGAAGCUAUUAUUUGGCAAGUCGGGAAAGGAAUGAAACAACCUUUAGCAAAUUUGCAAGCUUCCCGCGAUGUAAAGGACAUUUUGAUGCAUUGCUGGUCAUACCACGCAGAAAAUCGACCCGAUUUUGCGAAGCUAUUAACUACACUUGAAAAGCUGCCUCGCAAAAGGUUAGCACGUAGUCCCUCUCAUCCUAUACAUCUUUCUCGUUCUGCAGAAUCUGUGUUUUGAACACAUUUAAGUCUAUUUAAAUACGCUGUUGUUCUCGUAGUGUAAAUAUAGAACUGUGCAAUUAUUGCCAGGUCUUUGUUCGUGAAAAGUAAAAUAAAAAUCACUGAAAGGUUU